CCUGUCGCUGGUGCCUUCCCACUGUCUUCUGUCAUCCCAGGGCACCCUUAAAGUUUCUCACCAGACUACCCGAGGGCUGGCCCAUGGCUCUCUAAGCCAUCUGUCCAAGAGCUCUACUACCAUGAGGCACUGCAUUAAUUGUUGCAUACAGUUGUUCCCCGAGGACACACACCAACAGCAAGUUGCCUGCCAGGGAGGCCCCCACCACGGUCAUCAGGCCUGUCCGACUUGCAAAGGAGAAAACAAAAUUCUGUUCCGCGUGGACAGUAAGCAGAUGAACUUGCUUGCUGUUCUCAAAGUAAGGACUGAGAGCAAUGAGAACUGGGGUGGGUUCUUGCGCUUCAGGAAGGGGAAGCAAUGUAGCCUGGUCUUUGGCUUGAUCAUAAUGACUUUAGUGAUGGCUUCUUAUAUCCUUUCUGGGGCUCAUCAGGAGCUUCUGAUUUCAUCCCCUUUCCAUUACGGGGGCUUUCCCAGCAACCCCAACUUAAUGGACAGCGAGAACCCUAGUGACGUGAAAGAUCAUCACUACCAGCCUUCUGUAAAUAAUAUCUCUUAUGUGAAGGACUACCCAAGCAUUAAACUAAUUAUCGACAGCAUCGCCGCCAGGAUUGAGUUCACCACCAGGCAGCUCCCAGACUUACAAGAUCUCAAGAGACAAGAGUUGCACAUGUUUUCGGUCAUCCCCAGUAAAUUCCUUCCGAGCAGCAAGAGCCCCUGUUGGUAUGAGGAAUUCUCCGGCAGGAACAACACUGACCCCUACCUGACUAAUUCCUAUGUGCUCUACUCCAAGCGGUUCCGCUCCACCUUCGACUCUCUGCGAAAGGCAUUCUGGGGCCACCUGUCCCAUGUGCAUGGCAAGCACUUCCGCCUGCGCUGCCUGCCACACUUCUACAUCAUCGGGCAGCCCAAGUGCGGAACUACUGACCUCUAUGACCGCCUUCGGCUGCAUCCAGAAGUGAAAUUCUCAGCCAUCAAGGAGCCCCACUGGUGGACCCGGAAGCGCUUUGGAAUUGUCCGCCUGAGGGAUGGACUACGAGACCGCUACCCUGUGGAAGAUUACCUGGACCUCUUUGACUUGGCUGCACACCAGAUCCAUCAAGGAUUGCAGGCUGCCUCUGCAGAGCAGCCAAGCAAGAUGAAUAAAAUCAUUAUUGGAGAGGCCAGCGCCUCUACCAUGUGGGAUAACAAUGCCUGGGGCUUCUUCUAUGACAAUAGCACAGAUGGUGAGCCACCGUUCCUGACCCAAGACUUCAUCCAUGCCUUUCAGCCUGAAGCCAAGCUCAUCGUCAUGCUCAGGGACCCUGUGGAGAGGUUGUACUCGGACUAUCUCUACUUUGCAAGUUCAAAUAAAUCUGCAGAUGACUUCCACGAAAAAGUGACAGAGGCUCUGCAGCUGUUUGAAAAUUGCAUGCUGGAUUAUUCACUGCGCGCCUGUGUCUACAACAACACCCUGAACAACGCUAUGCCUGUGAGGCUCCAGGUUGGCCUGUAUGCUGUGUACCUUCUAGACUGGCUCACUGUCUUUAGCAAGGAGCAGUUCCUCAUUCUGCGUCUGGAAGACCACGCAUCCAAUGUCAAGUACACCAUGCAUAAGGUCUUCCAGUUUCUAAACCUCGGGCCGCUAAGUGAGAAGCAAGAAGCUUUGAUGACCAAGAGCCCUGCGUCUAACACACGGCGACCUGAGGAUCGGAGCCUGGGGCCCAUGUGGCCAAUCACCCACAAGAUUCUGCGGGAUUUCUAUGGGCCUUUUAACACUAGGCUGGCACAGGUUUUGGAUGACGAAGCAUUUGCCUGGAAGACAACGUGAGAGCCGAGUCCCUUCUACAGGAGCUAGGCUCACCGACUCUGUCAUUGCCAAUGACUUUAAAAGUCUCCAGGUGGAGAACUGUCACCCACAGUGUGGAGAAAACCACUGGUGGAGAGCCUCAUCCUGAAUCCUCCUCCCAAGGCACCUGUUAGUGGAAACUAUUUUUGAAAAAUGUCUUGCCAUAUUCAGCAACUCUGCUCUUGAUUGCUGGGCUUUUCUGCCCAAAGCCUUGGAAAGUACACUUAGGCUAGUCUUCUGUCUGUUCUGGA